UUACAACUGUAUCGACGCAGAAUCAUACCCUAGCAAUCAAGUGGAGUGUGCCGCCUUUCCUUUGUGCCCCUCCCUCGCCCACAUCAAUCGGCCUCCACGGUCAUGCCGGUAAGCCCUUUGCGAUGGCAUAAUCCCAAUUGAAAGCUAUCUCGCACAAGACAAUCCACUCCGCACGACUGAUUCGGCUGUGUCUUCUUAAAAGUUGCUCCUCAUUUCCGGAUAUCCCUCCAGCGGGAAGACGUACCGCAGCCGACAAUUGAUCGAGCACUUUGAGCGCAAGAUCGCCGACUCCACCGACCCGCGCAUCAAACGAUUACAGAUCCACCACAUCGACGAUGAUGGCCUCGCCCUCUCCCGGGAAGUCUAUGCGACCGCCAAGGCCGAGAAGGACGCGCGAGCAACGUUCGCCUCCGCGAUCAAGCGAUUCCUGACGCGAGAUGCGCUGAUCAUCGCCGACGGCAUGAAUUAUAUCAAGGGGUUCCGUUACCAGCUCUACUGCGAAGCGAAGGCCGUGCAGACGACCAACUGCGUCGUGCAUGUCGGCACGCCCGGUGACAAGUGUCGGGAGCUGAACGAGGAAGCGCGAUCCACAUCCUCCAAACCCUGCUACACCCCCGAAGUUUUUGACAAUCUCGUCUUUCGGUAUGAGGAGCCGAACGGGAUGAGCCGCUGGGACAAGCCGCUCUUCACAGUCCCAUAUGAUGAUCCCGAGCCACCCUACGAAGCGAUCUGGGAAGCUCUCAUCGGUUCUGAUGGCAAGGCCAAGGUGGUCCGACCGAACGCCGCGACGGUGUUGAAGCCGGCAUCGGAACAGAAUUACCUGUACGAACUGGACAGGACCACUUCGGAUGUCGUCGCUUUGAUCACGAGCUGGGCGCAAGACCACGCUGGCGAGAGUGGUGGAGAGGUGGCCGUCCCGGAUUCAGAGCGCAAUUUGAUCCUGCCCAUCGCAACGCCUUCACUACCACAGCUGCAGCGUCUACGCCGGCAGUUCAUUGCAUUGAAUAGGCAACACAGCCUAAGCAAAGCUCGCAUCCGGGAGUUGUUCGUCGAUUAUCUCAAUGACUCAUUUCAGUCUUGAUCUGUGCUGAUCAAUCGAGACCCACAACCUCAGUGACGCAGCUCCUUCUUGAUCUAGUCUGCGGUCGUGCUGGCCUGGAAUGCAGUGGUCGUGAUGCGCGCAGAGUCCGACGAUGCCUCGAAAGUCUGUCGUCUCCUGAAUAUCUCCGCACCAGCGAGGCGGAAUACUCGACCUCGACUCGAUCUUGUGCGCCUUCGAACUCGACAAGGUGUGCCAGAGCAGUCAUCAUCGUUUCUCAAAAGCACUGGGUGCUACAGCAACCACCACGACGAGACUGGCGACGAUGAGUCCGGCUGCGACAAAAGUCACCAGGAGGAUGGAGCCGCGCGAUGCCGGAAAUUUGCCUCGAAUAACGUAAUGUUGACUCUCGAAAUAGCGAUGAAAUCCGAUGAGCAAGAUCAGAAUUG